AGACAACUACAAAUGCGAUGACCAAGUUGAAAAUCUACUUGUUCCUUGUUGUCUCGUUGACUACACUUGGGCAAUACGCAGCUGAGCCGCAAAAUGGAGAAAUAAUUCACGUAUCUUCCCAACGUAUACCCGGGCCUGAGCCGGCUUGUGCUCCGGCUAAGCCAUGUUCCCCCGGAGUUAUCGUACCAGUUUGGCAGCCAUCGGAAAACCUGUCAGAAUGCAAAAUAUGGUUCCGUGCAAUUGUCUAUUUAAUCGCAUUGGCCUAUUUAUUCUUUGGUGUCUCAAUUGUGGCGGAUCGAUUCAUGGCGUCUAUUGAAGUGAUCACUUCUCAGCAGAAAUCUGUGAAAAUGAAGAAGAUAACCGGUGAACAUUUCACAAUAAUGGUACGUGUCUGGAAUGAAACAGUCAGUAACCUGACGCUAAUGGCUCUCGGAUCCUCAGCCCCCGAGAUUUUGCUCUCGGUCAUUGAAAUUUGCGGAAAUAAUUUCGAAGCUGGAGAGCUGGGACCAUCGACAAUUGUUGGAUCAGCUGCUUUUAACCUAUUCAUUAUUAUUGCAGUCUGUAUUAUGGCUAUUCCAAACGGCGAGACCCGUCGAGUACAACAUAAUGGUGUGUUCUGGGUUACUGUAGUUUGGUCUACAUUUGCAUACGUCUGGCUUUACCUAAUCCUGAGUGUGUUCAGUCCGGGAGAAGUUGAAGUAUGGGAGGGUGUGCUCACUUUUGUGUUUUUCCCGCUAACUGUGGGCAGUGCCUACUUUGCCGAUGCACAUGCUGGGCAAUUCGGUCAGAGACUAAUCUCCGGACCCCUCUCCUCGUUCGUAAGGAGGUCACCACGCCGUUCUCCGUCCAAAAAAACCCGGGAAAACGUGGAAAAUGGAGCCGGACUCCCAGGGGAUGCAACUCAAAAUUUGAUAGGAGGAGACGCCGACGCCCUGGCAUUUGAAAUUCACAGACGUCACUACCUGGAUAUUUUCAAACAAUUGAGAUCGGAGCAUCCAGAUGCUCCAGUCGUUGAACUUGAGAAGCAUGCCAUGGAGAAAGUUGUCGGAGAGCAGAAGAAAUCAAGAGCUUUUUAUAGAAUUCAGACAACUAGGAAAAUGAUCGGUAGUGGAGAUAUUCAGAAAAAAUUGAAGAAAAGUAAUAAACUGGAGCCAAUGGUUGUUCAAAAAACCAUGGCCACCGUGGAGUUCGACCCUCCUCACUAUACAUGUCUGGAGAAUGUUGGUGACGUGUACCUAACCGUCAAAUGUGACCGAGGAUCCGUACCAGAGGAUACCACAGUUACGGUACAUUAUAGAACUAUUGCUGAUACCGCUCAAGCUGAAUCCGACUUUGUGCACACCGAAGGAACAAUCACUUUUGAGCCAGGACAGACUGAACAAAAAAUCAAAGUCGGAAUUGUGGACAACGACAUCUACGAGGACGACGAGCAGUUCAUGGUCCGGCUCUCACAAGUCCGAGCCUUCCGUUCAGAGCACUUUUCCAGUGUGCCGGCUCGGCUGGGUCUCGCAGCGACAGCUACCGUAAUCAUUGUGGACGAUGAUCAUGCUGGAAGCUUUGGCUUCUUGUCAGAAAAAUUCAAAUGCACAGAGUCAUGUGGCUCAUUUGUGGCAGAAGUUAUACGGUCACGUGGAGCCCGUGGUAAGGUGUCAAUUCCUUAUAAGACUGUUGAUGGAGCCGCCAAAUCGCCACAGGACUAUGAGCAUCAGGAGGGUGUGCUGAAGUUUGCCGAUGAGCAGUCUAAAGCCGAAAUCUACAUUCCGAUUGUCAACGAUGAUGAAUAUGAAAAACACGAAGAUUUCUAUAUUGAGCUCGGUGAGCCCAUUUGGCACAGGGAAUUGGCGGACGAUGAAGAAGGAAUCGAGGGAAAACCGAUUCUCGGCUUCUCAAGAUGCAAAGUAGUGAUCACAGAAGACCGAGAAUUCAAGAAUUUUAUGGAUAGAGCAUUGGUAACAGCGAAUACCUCGAUUAUGGUCGGAACUUCGAGUUGGAAGCAACAAUUCACUGAAGCCUGGACUUUGGAGCCGGAGGAGGAGGACGGAGAAGUCACGACUAUGGAAAAAGUUAUGCAUUAUAUUGCAUUACCAUGGAAGCUACUGUUUGCCCUGAUUCCACCGACUGACUAUUUUAAUGGUUGGCUAUGUUUUGUGGUUGCAAUUGCGAUGAUUGGACUAUUAACCGCAUUUAUUGGUGAUAUCGCUGCAGCUUUUGGGUGUACAGUUGGGCUAAAGGACUCUGUGACCGCCCUCACCUUGGUCGCAAUGGGAACUUCUCUUCCAGACACAUUUGCGUCCCGCACCGCCGCAGUUGGAGAUCAAUGGGCUGACGGAUCGAUUGGUAAUGUGACUGGAAGUAAUGCUGUUAAUGUAUUCUUGGGUAUUGGAAUUGCCUGGAUGAUUGCUGCCUGUGUACAUGCCUACCGGGGUACCAAGUUUUUAGUCGCCACAGGCUCCUUGGCCUUCUCGGUAACAAUGUUCCUAAUUGGCUCAGUCGUAUGUGUCGCCUUACUCCAAUAUCGUCGUUUCAAUCGAAAAGUCAACGGAGAGUUAGGCGGUCCAAUGGGCUGGCGGAUCAUUUCCGCCGGAAUUUUCGUCUCCGUUUGGCUUUUGUAUAUCCUGCUCAGCACACUAGAGGCCUAUUGUAUUAUUAAGGGAUUCUAAUUUUAAUUUUUUCUUUAAUUUUUCAAAAAUUUCUAAAUUUUCUCAAAAGCCAUAAUUUCCCAAUUUUUCACCUAAAAAUCAAAGAAUCAAUACUACAAACUACAUUCCCGUGUCUUUUACUUUUAUACAUCAAUCAAUCAAUCAAUAAAUAAUAAAACAUU